AACGUGAUCAAAAUAGAUGAUUCUGGCGGUUAUUACGAAGUCUUCCAAGAUGGUGCCGAGACAAAACUUGAGAAAGCAAAGAUUACCUUGGAUGACUGUUUAGCUUGCAGCGGAUGCAUCACGUCCGCCGAGAGUGUCCUCAUUACGAUGCAGACUCACGAAGAAUUGUACAACGUACUAAAAAGUAACAAGCAAGCUAGACAAGAAGGAAGGGUCGACGAGGUGAAGACUGUGGUGGUCUCGAUCGCACCUCAGUCUCGAGCCUCUAUUGCAGCGAGGUACAAUUUAACACCACAGCAGGUGUUCCGACGUAUGACUCACUUUUUCCAAUCACUUGGGGUGGAUUAUGUUUUUGACACUUCAUUCUCACAGGACUUUUCCUUACUUGAAAGUGCUCGAGAAUCACCGUCGAUGAAUAAAACCAAUAAAUCGAAGGGUUUCGAAGAUUCGAGUUUGCCAAUGUUGGCUUCGUCUUGCCCGGGGUGGAUAUGCUACGCUGAAAAAACUCACGGAUUUAUAUUACCGUACAUAAGUCAAACCAAAUCACCCCAACAAAUCAUGGGUUCGAUUGUCAAAGAUUAUUUCGCGAAAAAGAUUGGAGUCAUGCCAAACAACAUUUAUCACGUUGGAAUUAUGAUGUGUUAUGAUAAGAAAUUGGAGGCGUCAAGGACAGAUUUUUUCGAUGAAAAAUAUCAAACUCGAGAUGUUGAUUGUGUCAUUACAACAGUUGAGGUCAUCGAUAUGUUUGAAGAACAAAAUUACAACAUCAAGGAGAGUCCUGAAUCAUACCUACAUUCACUGACGAAGACCACACAGGAUGGUCAACUGUUGCGAUCGUCGGGUUCAGCUUCAGGAGGAUUUUUGGAAUUUAUUCUUGAAUAUUCGGCGCGCGAACUAUUUGGAAUAACCGAAAUUGAUGUUGAGCGAGCAAAGGGUGUAAUGGUUAAAACCGGACGUAACAAGGAUUUUAAGGAGGUUAUACUUGAAGUCGAAGGGGAACCCCUGUUGAAAUUCGCAUCGGCAUACGGUUUUCGAAACAUACAAAAUCUUGUCCGAAAGAUCAAAAACGGAAACAUGCAAUAUCAUUACAUCGAAGUGAUGGCCUGUCCAUCUGGCUGUAUAAAUGGAGGCGGUCAAUUAAAACCGAGUGAAACAGUUCCGAUAAAAGAAUGGAUCAAUGAGGUGAACAAUGUUUACCGGUCGGUCGAUGCUUUGUCACCCGAACAAAAUGAAGUC